AUGGCCAGCCAAGAAUUGGAAAACCAAAUGGGGCCAAUUAUUAAAAAAAAUAGUGAACCAGCUCAAGACACAUUCUUUGGGAAUACAGUGGAAAAUUCAAGAGAAUAUUGCCAAACCAUCACCACCAGAAGUGGCAAGGUAGUGGAACCACAACUUAAGAAAAAACAAGACGAGAAGGAGGGCAACUCAAGUUUUAGACAAGCCAGGGAUAUUGCAGAAAAUAGAAAUGGGGAGAGUGAGCCUGAACAAGAAAAACCAAAAGAGAAAGUUAGGCCUAGGCAGAAGUUGGUGGUGGAUGAGGCAUACUGGAACAGAACCAAGAAACAGAUCUUGGAAGACUCGUACAAGCCUCAAAUUCCCCCUCCCUAUGUUAAGUUGCCAUAUCCACACAUCCCCAAGAACAAAGAGAAGAAAGACCAAUUUUCCAAAUUCUUGGACAUUUUUAGAAAGCUACACAUAAAUAUACCAUUUGUAGAAGUGCUGGAACAAAUGCCUUUGUAUGCUAAGUUCAUGAAGGACUUGCUUUAA